AAGCUCACGUAUGAUGCAAAAUGGCAGAAUGAGCCUGGAUAAUAAUGCAUGUUAUAUUGUUCCAGAAAACCUGGCCCCGUCGGAGCUGAAAAAGCUGCGCAACAAGCAGCGCAAAGCGAAACGGAAAGCUGAACGGGAAAGUCAACAGGCUCGGGAGGCGCAAGUCAAACGGGAUCAGCACAACAAGUCCCGGCAGCAACAGGCGGAUGCAGCGUCGGGAGGAGGGGAGCCGGACGCGCCGCAAUUGGACGAACUGGUGCCUGACAAGUUGGCCAGGGUGGAGGACCCCUUAGAUCAAGCAAUAAAGUUCCUUCAGCCUCUUCAAAGAUUAGCAAACGAUCGAAUAGAAACACAUUUAAUGGCUUUUGAAGUGUAUUAUAGGAAAAAAAAAGUACUGUUGAUGCUGCAAUCAUUGAAGCGGGCGCACAAAGUGGAGCCUCGCAAUCCUCGCCUACACAGUUGUUUAGUACGUUUUUACCAAUAUGUACAGAAUGUCAAAGAUAGCUGGGAUCCUAGAAUAGAAGAGGUGGUGCAAAAGGAAACGCAAAUCUACUUCGACGGCAAAGAUGCACACCAUCUGAACAGAGACUUCCUAGAAAGCAACAAGGACAGCCUAAGAGCGGUGUUUGAAUGCGCCAAAAUGAUGGUUCAUCUAAAUGACAAGAAUCAACAUGAAGCCGUCAGCUUACUGGUUACCAAUGUCGACAAUAAUUAUAGAGAUGUAGAUAUUCCUUUAUGUACAGAAAUCCUAGAGUCUCUCCGGAACGGCGACCUGGGCCAGGUGGAAGACAGCGUGAUAGAAGAAUAUUGCCAACUUUGUCGCGCGCGCUUCCCGUGCGCGGCCGCUUUCAAGCCGCCCAGGCAGGCAACAUCGGAUGACGACAGCGCCGCCCAAACGGAAGGAGGCGGAGAUUCGGCGACGCCCACGGGAGAGGCGGAGCGAUCGCCGACUAAUCACAUCAGCGAUGGCAAUGAGGUGGAUCAACAGCGCAACUGAUGACGUUCGAACGCAGUGCGCGCUGUUACGUGCGCUUCAGACGAUCGAUAGUGUUUUAUAAUUGCUAUCAUUAUUCAUUAUGAUGAUAAUGAAGACUUUAUAUUAAAAUAUGACUAAUAGAAAUGAGUGACGGAGCGGGUCGAAUGGUCAAAAGGAGAUGUACGCUGCGUGUCAAGAUUGAAGGGAUGAGUUUGGGUGAGGUAUGUAAUCUGAUGCAUUGAGGGUGGAAAAAAUGUCAAUGUAACAAUUUGUCGAUUAGUUUCAAUAUUCGUGAGCUUUAAACUGAUUAUGUAUCUCGCACCAAAAGAUUGAACAUGAGGGUAUCUUAACUGGAAGAUAUCAUUCAUCUAGGUUGUAACACGUAUGGUUUUAGUCAGAGGUGGAUAUGAAUUAAUUUUGUAACCAUACCAGUAAAAACCUAUUUGAUUCUCCGUUAAGCAAAAUUGGAAAAUCAGGACUAUGCCAGGAAAAUUAUAGUAUUUUUCAAUUUACCUUUAUUGGUCAUACAAGGAUCAUAACAUAAACGUAAAUCAAAUACUCUAUUCCAGACGUAUAUCUUUACGUAGUUUUAUGUUAUCAUUUGGACUUAUAAAAAUUGUGAAAGAGGUGAUUUUACAGCUGGGUAUCUGAUGCUUCGUAAACCAUGGAAGGCAGUUACAUACUUGGUAUAAACUGAUAAGAUUUGAAAAGUUAUUUAUACUCUAACUCGCAGCUCAAGUUUGAAAUUUAGAAUUUACCCUAAGUGAAAUUUAAUGAUGCACUGAGGUUUUUACUCAGCUUAUCGUCUCUGAUUUUUAGCUCAACUGGUACAAACUUUUCCACUAUGCAUUUACGUGUUCCAAACGUACGAUAACGCAUAAUUUUUAAUAAAAUAGGUGAUUGUUAAAUAUGCAGUAAAAUAUUCCUUCAGAUAAAGAUGAUCAGCUAAUUCUACCUGGUAACUAAUAUCACAUUUUGGGUUGAAUUUAAUUUUUUACAACCUAGAACUGUUCAGCUAGAAAUCACGAGAUAGACAAAAAAAAAUUCGUGUACCAAAGAUUCUUACUAGAAUUUUACAUAUUUGUAAAAGAUCGGAAAAUCGUUUCUUCAAUUUUGACGCGCAGUGGAGGUGGCGACUUUAGUGAAACGGUCUAGUUAUCCUUUAUUUUGUCGCGGUGUGUCGUUGCGAAAAAUGACGAGAACGAAAUUUAACUAAAGUGUACUACCAUGCCAAAAAUAUAGACAGCUAUAUUACAGCUACCGUUUCAUCAGCGGAAUUCGCAAAAUAAAUCUGUAUCAUAUUUCUAACUUCUUUACUAAUACUGAAAACGGAAGAUAUACGAGAACGUUCAGAAAUAUUUGGUAUAAGUGACAUGCUUAUGGCAAGGUCGUAUACUUGGAUGUGAUGAGUACAGUACAAAGUUGUGGGUAAUCACAUUACGACAUACGUUACGUCGUGGUAUUAUGGUCCAAGAUCCCUCCAUUGAUGUCAGACGUUACUUAUUUUGUCACAGGCAGAAUAUGGUGCAUUACCAAGCGUUUAUAAGUAUAUUCAACUUCUGCGUAGCUGCAAAGUAGUUACUAGAUGAGAACGAUUAAAUAAAAAGAAGACUGUCUUAACUUAAAUUCUGCUUGCUGAUUUUUAUGAACGGCGUGAGUUUUUAGCGUGGGAUUGAUCAUAAGCUAUGUUUAUAUAAAAAAGUUAAAUAUGGAAAUUGUAGCCAACAGUAUGUUACGUUACCUGGAAAAUAUUUCCCGACAGGAUGAUACAUAACUACGUGGUGACCCAAACAUACAUUUGCUAAAAUAGGAAGACCUACAUUUUAUUGCAGGUUCAGAUAGGCCCUUUCAUUCGAAGCAAUUUGAUAUAACAUAAGGGUUCUAUUUUCUGAUUGUUGAGGUAUUGGACAAUCUAUAUAAAAGGCACUCAACUUUGAAAACUCACGCCUCCACAACUGUAACAGCUAGAUAACUGAUUUUUUCGUUAGAAACAUUUAAUGAUCCCAUAUUUUCUCCCUUGCCGCUUCCUUUUUCAAUCAUUUGGUUAGUUUAUAUCCAAGUGUAUCCAAGAACGCGAAUUGAACGAUUUCUCAAUUUUAUCGAAUUGAACACCCUGCAUAUUGUCACACUUUGACUUUUUGGUUCCCCUUCUCACCGGUUUUUUCUAAUAUAAGGUUUAUGAGAGUUUGUACAAUUGGUUUUCGAUUCACUAAAAACACAGAGACACCUUCUUGACUUUCUUGCAUAAGGCUAGAUAGAUUUAUUUUUGUAGUAAAAAUUCUAACCAUCUGGUGUUCCUAACUGUAUGUUGUUUUUAGUUUGAAAAGUGUUGUAAUGUCUGUAAUUAACCUUUAUAUCCAAUUAACGAAAAUGUUACUGAAAUCAAAAAAAAAAUAUAUUAAAAGAAAGCUUGUUUAAAUCAGAAUACAAAAAUGUGAAAAUGUACAGGGUGUCCCAUUUAAAAAAAUUGAAAAAUCGAUCAUUUUGCGUUCUUGACCACCUUGUAUAAACUAUCAAAUAAACUAAAAAGUAAGCAAAUAGGGAUAAACAUAUGGAAUCACAAAAUUCUCCUGACGAAGAAUUCAGUAAGUGUUCUAGCUGUAACAGUUGUGAAGGUAUGAGUUGUCAAAAUUGAGUGUUUGGAGAAGUAUUCUUAAUUCUUGCCAUCUGAUUAUUUCAAUUAUUUCAUGAUGUGUAUAGGAAUGAAUAGAAAACGUUAUCAGUUUUUGUUUGUGAAAAAAGAGUUUUUGUGCAUUUUAUUGUGCACUAAUUUUUCACUAGUAACUUGUUAACAAGUAAUAGUACAGCUCUGAAAUGAGGCCAUUAUUUGCAAAACUUGCUAUUUGCUCGAAUGACAAUCUUUGGGAAAUCAAAAAAAAACUAUAAACGGUCGAGUAGUGUUUACUGGCAAUGUGAAGAAUUUUAUUAAUAUUGCUUAGAGUUUUUAGGAAGGGAAAUUAGGUGGAAUGCUUUCUGAUUAAAUCAUCGUUGCCACUAAUUUCCACGAUAACAUUUUUUAAUGUAUUUUCCUAUAAGGCCGAAAAUACGAUCAGGCGGAAUAAAGGAAUGACCGACGUUCGGAAAAAACAGUUCAAUUUGGUUAAUAUGUUUCGGCGAUUCUUCUAGGAGUCAGUAAGCUAACAUUGCCAUCAUAUUCGUAUUUUUGUUUUGUCCGCCGCAACCAUAUGCGAACAAACGUACUGUUUCUAUGCUGAGAUCAAAAUCCUUUAGAGUAUGUAGCAAAGCUGAUGCUAUUGUAUUAAGAAACUUUUCGGCAUUCAAUUUCUGUCCACAAGUAAGAAAACACAUUUUUUUGGUCUUAAUUUAUCUGUAAAAGUUCCAGCGACAACUGUAAAAUUGUGAUAGUUGAUUUGCUGGCUGAAAUAUGUGCUGCUUGAUCAGGCAGUGCCAAGUUUUUGUGGCACUGCAUUGCAAUAUGAACACGAUGCUCAGUGACUAACUUUUGACGAAGACGUUGCUACUUUUAACUGCUCCUUUGUUCUCAAGCAGGUGGAGCAAGAGUCAGUCGACGGAGUUCCAAAACCGAUGUUGUAGUUAGCUUUCACAUACUUUCGAGAGUAACUAAGCUUCACAUGCCUAGGCUGAGGCAUCCGAAGAUAAUAGUCGAAAGGUUUUUAAAAUUCAAGUCACAUGGCAGGUAGACCCUCACGCUUGUCUUGCUUCUACAGUAAUGAGACUCGGUAUAUGUAAUGGAAUCUAUAAAUCUUUUGAUACAGUUUAUUUUUCCGUCAUUUGUAACAGCAAAAUUCCUUACAAUCCUUUGUCUGCGGUCCUUGCUUAAAUUUGCGAUUCCUAGAAAUGAUUUGGCACAUGCUCUAAUCAACUCGGCCUCACUCAAACGUACAUGGUAUUUUAUCGACGCUGCAGCAUGAUUAGCUUUUUCUCUUUUCGAACUUUGUCGCUUACAACAAGCCAAUAUUAGGACUUGUUUAAUUCUAUCUUUUGACUGAUAAAGGUAAGCAUGAACUCCAUAAAAAUAAAAAACCGUUCCUAAUUCGUGAAAUGUUUGGUCGCUUGAAUACAAACUACUGAAAAUCCCUUUCUUGUAAACAGCUAUUGUAAUAGCGUGUUCGUCACGUUAAUCAACGGGCAAAUUUCACUGGUGUCUGAGCAAGCAGCAAGUUUUGCAAGUAAAACGUCAAAGCAAAGAGCAAGUUUGGCAUAUCACUGUAAUUUUCUCGAGACAGUAUUUACAUAUUAAAAAGUGAGCUUUGGGAAAUUCUGAUUUCAUCAUUCGAUUCCUCUUUAAAAUUGAAAUGAACUUAGCAAAAAAAAGUCUAAGAUUUUUCGAUUAGCAAGUUUUGCGAAUAAUGGACUCAUAACUGCAUAUGCGACGUUGUCAAUUGUUGCGUUGCGUCCGACUAGUUGUCAUAUAGCAUUUUUGCUGAAAAGAACCUGAUGAGAAAUAAUUUUGCUCAUCACGAGACAUAAUAAAUAUUACUAAGCACAUAUGAAUACCUUUACACUGUCAACUUAUUAUUAAUAGGUACUGAAUAUCAAUUACAGGUAGAAAGCAUGUUCGUGCAUUUACUAGCAUCCAUUGAGGGACAUGCCACAUGACAAAUUUCCAAAUUGUCUGCAAAAAUCCGAGUGUAAAUUAUUUAUAGGUCUAUAUUUUUUAGUAGUCGUAUGCUAUAAUGUGAUAACCCAUAACAUCCUAACGUCUAUUAGAACUUCAUUUACUCCGCGUGCUGUUUGUUUUGACGUGGCAUACCCUUUGUAUUCUGCAGAAGUUGGGACACCCUGUACAAUUGUCACAGUCGUUGAAAGCGCCGAAUUGUAAUUUUACACAUCAACUACACAUAAUUAUGAUCGAUUUAGUUUAACGAAAAAAAAAAAAAAGAAACGCAUUAGCAAAUUGAUGGAGAAUUGUAGCCUCUAUUGACUAUUAUCAAUUUCAUAGUGAAUUAUAUGGAAAAACAAAGUCGUGUGAUUAAGGAGGUAUCAGUCUAAUUCUAAGUUAACAUAAGGUUAUUCUUGUAAUAUCAAUAACUGUUUUUAUUUUGUUUUGGAACCUGUUGGUACUACUAGAUUAAUAUAUUGUUAGAAACAUCUUCAAGUCACUAUAAUGAACCAAGUUUAUUUUUAGAUACAUUGAGGUGGGGAGCAAAAUCAAAAACUAUGCUUUUAAAAUUGCAGUAUAUUUAAUCCCUUCUGAAAGGAACCUAUCAUUUAGUGUGGCUCAAAAUGAAUGUUAUGGUUCAACAUAGACUAUAUUCCGCUUCACGUAUUCGUGUUUUUCCUCAGCGUUUUCCAUAACUUUCCGCAAGAUUUUGAUCGUUAUGACCGCAUUUUCAUCGCGGAUAUUGUCUUUUAUAUAGUCAAUGUUUCUUGGCUGACUAGCAAAAAGAUAUUCAUUGAAAUAUCCCAAAGGAAGAAUAUCGCUCUUAAAUCCGGUGAACAGGGAAACCAAUUUAAAUUGGCUUUCCACCGUAUAAUGUGGUCCUCAAAGGUUUCCCCAACAGAGCCGUCAGCUACUUCCUUGAAAGUGUGCUGUAGUUUAGUCUCAUUGAAUCUAUAGAUUUGCAUAGUUUUGCAGAGCUUACAUUUUUUUUCUUUUCGUAAACUAUCAAUUUUCAUACUGAGUGUUCCCAGCCUUAAACUGAAGUAGACUAUAUGCAUGCUGAGGUAAAACAACAGACGCCGGACUUCGGAAAUAAACUUCAACAAUGUUGAUUUGUUGCUCAAUGAUGUAUUGCGUCAUGUCAAGCCCUCUCAUAUAUCUUUAAAAAAUAAUACAACCUGGGCUGUAAAAGUAAAUUUCAAGGCUUUUCGUUCCUUGCUCCAUGGUGUAUCGCGUCGUAUCAAAUUCCCUAAUACUUCUCCAUCAAAUCCCCAAAAAACAAUCUCGAAAAACCACCCUAUAGAUAAUUGAAACCAUAACGUUCAUUUUGUGCCGCCCUUUGUAUCUCUCAAGCCUUUGCCUCAAGUCUUAGCCCCCUUAUGAAAUCUGGACGUGCCAAUGCCUGUGUAAUACAUCCGCCAUAAAAUCAUGUUAAAGACAAAGUUAUUGAUAUUGCAAAAAACUUGUAAUUUUGACAGGCAGUGUAUGUAAUCGGUGAUUCUUUACACAUAAAUAUAUCUUCCCCAAUCCCCAUUUUUCGCAAAUUGGCGCUACUUAUUUUAUGUACAGUUUGAUUAUAGGAAAUAUACAAUUGUAAAUUAUACUGUAGAAUUUGUACAACACGAACGGUAAAAUACAACAGCAAAAUGAUUUUAAAAUUUUAAUUUGUAAAAUAGCAUAUACAUAUUUACGGGAAAAUCCGAUAUUUGGAUAUUCAACAAUACUUUUUACCGCAUCAGAAAGUAUUACGAAUAUUUUUCUGUCGUAGAAUAAUUGUCAUUUUUGUACUAGUCGCAUUUUUUGUUUAUGCUCAAAUGUAACAUUCCUUUUCAACGUAUAAAGCGACAGUAGCCGCAUUCAGGGAACGUUAGCACUUCCACAUCAUGCUAGCGCUUAAGGAGUUGCUAUAGGUUCGACUGGUGACGCUGAUUGGCCAAAUAAGCAAUUUAAUGUUAAAAAAAAAAUGAAUUUCAAGCAGAUUCUUUUAUUACCAGAAAAACGUGUUAUAUUCAGCAUAGGGCCCCAGAAGAAAAAACUGUGAUUUAUAACUAGAAGUUAUUCUCAAGAUCUGUAUGUUAUCUCAUAGUUAUUUAUUUUUUAGGGCCAUACAACUUAAUUCAGUAAUAAAUGAGAAAUAUAUGAUUCCAAUUCAAUUUUUUUUUCUAACGUCGAAUUGCUUAUUGGGUCAAUCAGCGACGUCGGUCGUAUUUCUUCAGCCUCCCCUUAACGUCAUUUCCCAUAUGAAAGAAAUGGCGUUGACACAAACGCUGUUGUCUUCUGAAUGCGCCCAUUAUUUGCUUUAAUUUCGAAAAAGACGUGGAACAGGUAGCGACGUGCGCUCAAAAUGACGAAAUUUCAAAUCAAAGCUAGUCAAUGUCAUCUUUUUAUCAAAUUACGGUUUGUUGAUAUACAAAUAUGGAAGAUACCUGCAGAACGUAAUGAAUGAUUAACAGUUAAUAAUUAUUAUGUAGAUGUUACACAAAUACCUUUCCUCCCUUCCUUUCUGAUGUUGUACAGAAUUUUGAACUCGUUGACUGAAUACUUUGUUGCCAUUUUUAUACAUUUUCCGUUUCUAAAUUUUCGAAAAUUCUUACAUCUAAUGUACUAUUAACGCGUAGUGGACUUCGAACUCAUCACCAUACAAAGCAGUUAUCAAGUAUAAAUUGCAGAAACGCGUUUUCGUUUUUUUUUUAAUGAACAAACGUCUAACAUGAUGGUUCAAAAGAAAAAAAAUAAUGGUAACAUGUUUACAACAGGAGGCAACAUUUGAUGUACAUGAUUAGCGCUAUGUCCAGGUGUAGUGACAGCUCUUCAUUUCAUUAGCAACAAUUUUUUCAUCAUCAAAAGGCGAGUGCACCACAACAUUCGCAAUAGGGAAUAUGCAUGACUUUUAAUAUAAUACUGUAAACACAUAUUUCAUUUAAUGAAAUAUCUUUAUUUUUGGUUGAUCAUAUAAAUAGCAUUGUCAAUGACCUUGAUUUGAACGCCGCAUUUUUUGCGCGCUUUGCAGUGACAUUAUAACCCUCGACAUGUGAUUUGAUUGUCUUUUUGAUUCAUUUGCUGUCAAGUUCUCAAAGGUUCUAUUUUCUAUUGUCUAACUUUAAUUAAAAAAAACAAAGAUGGAUAAAAAACCCAAACCUUAUUACUACUGUAUUUAUAAAUGUAAAUGCUAAAAGUGAUGUAAAAUUAUGAAAAGGGAUAAUAAUUUCUAAAAAGUAAUUCAUAUUGUUGUGAAGAUCAUUUUAACGUAAAUACAGAACAUAAAACUACCAUUUUGGCGAAAUAUGAUUAUAUUUUAUUUAUCCUAGAUUACAAAGAUUAUGUAUCAUAAAAACGUCUAUUUUCGGAAAAUUAUCCUCGUGCGCCUUUUGAAAAACACCUUUUGAUUAUUGAUUGAGGAAGGUUGUAUCUCAAGAACUAAGUUUUUUUUUUGUGGUUUCAAAUACAUGAGAAAGCUGUAGAAACAACUCAAUGAAUAACUGCACUCUUUCGAACUGAUCAAACAUCAAACUGACAGGUUGAAAUCAAUGACAGUGAGAACCAGCUCCUGCUAUUUCGAGUCGGACUAACCAAUCAACAAAAGGCAGUUGCUGAUUGUGACGUCACGCCAAUAGUGUUACGUUUCGAUAUUUUAAAUUUACCUCAUAAUUCUUUAUCAAUUAAUUCUCGUAAUUUUAUAGCGCUCAAUUAUAAAAUAAUGUGUAAUUCUGUAGCAAUAUAAACUGGAAAAUAAUUGAUCACGAGAAUAACACUGGUGAACAAAAUUAAAAUAAUUUUUGUGGCCUGGACAAAACAAGGUGGCUAUUAUGUAAAACGUACCCAAAAAGCCGGAAAUAGCAUUCGAUUUUUUCUGUCGCCCACGGUUUUCUUGCAUUAAGGCAUUUUAUUUGCUGCUUAUACUCGUAAAGUAUAAGGAUAUGUGUGUAAGAGUACUAAUAAACACUCGAAUGAACAUUAAUCUCAGAAUGUUGUUGUCGAUGUUUUACGGCGAUAUGUUGUUCCUGAAGUAUCUCGUAACAAUGUCCAGCAAUAAUCAGUAAGCAAAUUGACACUCCAUUUGCGUUGAUACUGUUUUUAUAGCAGAAAUGUCUUGGUGGAACCGUUUACCAUUGUGAUCAAAUACCGCACCUAAAUUUUCCGGAAAAAAUCGAGAUGAGAAUCCGAAAAGUGAAUUUUUAGAGACAUGUUACAUCCCAUUCCUUUAAAAGCAUUAAUUAGUUCACUCACAAUAUCUGUAUAAUUGUCCGCCUUCACAUUGCCUAAAAAAUUUGCAGUAACUGAUUAUUUAAAAGCAUUCCAAGCUCGUAAUUCAGUUUCAUUCAGAGCACUGUCAAAUACAUCAUCCUUCAUGAUUUUCCAUAUUUGUGGAACGACAAAUAUGCCCUCUUUAAUUUUUGCCUCACUAAGUCUCGGAAAUGUUUGUUUAAAAUCCAGAAAUCCUCUUCCAUUUCGAUCCAUAGCGUUUACAAAAUGUUUCAUCAGUCCCAACUUAAUAUGGAAAGGUGGAUGCAACACGUUUUGGGAUCAACUAGUUCAUGAGCAAUGUUUUUGAGGCCCGCACGGGUAUCGCGUAUCUUGAAAAGUGACAUUAUGCCGAUUUUUUUGACAUUAUGCUAUUUUUUUUUUGAGAUUAUGUAGGUGUUUCUACAAGGUGUUAACUUAGCACUUAGUUGUACGUGUUGCCUAACCGUCAUGAGGCUUUAUCAAUCUUUGGCUCUGAUGUUAUGUAAAAUCUGCUUCAGAGAUGGCAGGUCUAAGCUGUAAGUUGUAUGUGUUGAUGAUAACUACAUUGGGUUCUUGUCUCAAAUACACUUGAUUGAGAUUCAAAGGUAGAAAUUAGUUGCGCAUACACUUUUUCUUAUCCAUUCUGGAAAUUACAUUUGAAUUUUAAAAAUGAGAGAGUUAAGAAAUAAUUAUAUUCACUGUACACUGUCGAAUUACAAGCCAUAUACAUGCUAACAGUAAUUACACACAACGCGGGCGCGGUGAUGAUUUCCCGUAAUUCUCCUCAGUUUGAACAUAACCCCUCUUCAGAAAGCACAACAUAUAACCCGUUAUAUUCAGUAAUGAUUUUCUCACACAGCAAAUAUCACUGAUUUUAUACACAUGCAGACCAAUACACAUAAUCAUCCAGAUGCGAUCUUGCUAUUCAACCAACUUUCUUCUCAGAGAUAAAAACUACAGACACUCAGACUCACAAAACUAUGCAACCAAUAAUGCGUGUAGUUUAGUUGAGUGAUUCCUCCAUAGAUGGACGUUCACAACGAUCCUAGUGAGCAAACGCGGAUGACUGGUUGCGAACUAAAAACUACCUAGUCUGCAAGUUGACAUAGUUUUUUUUGACGUUUUGUAGAUUUUUUACAUGAUACCUGACGUAGUGGCCACUCCUUCUGUUCGACUGCACGACUGUCCCAUCCACAAAGAAAACAACAAUAUUUGGUAUAUCCCAGUUGCAUUCCAAGAAGAAGGGCUGUUACCUUUAAAUCUGCACAUACGGCCCAUCCAUAUUUGUUAUAACAGAACUCGCAUAUUUUCAUAUGAAUCCUUCAUAUGAACUGAGUGCACUUAGGUACAGAUGGAUAUUUAUUACCGUUGUGUACUAAUACCGCUUUUAAACUAAGCUUAGAGGAAUCAAUGAACAGGGGCAAUAUUUGGAUCAUGUUUCUGUCCUAACGCGUCAAACAAAUUAUUGUUGACAUCGGAGCAAUAUAUCAACUCCCUUUCUUGACGGAAACAGUAUGUGAGGUCUUGUUGCCGUUUUCGGUAAAAAGUAAUGUUAACAUCACCGUGGAGAAGAUUCCAUCCUUUUAAUCUUGACGCUAAAAGUUCUGACUGGGAUUUUGACAUUUAAUUCUCGAUUUAAGUCAUUAAGUUCGCCCUGUGUGAUCAAAUGCGGCGCUGUUGAACAUCCUGGCAGGUCAAACCAAGGAUCGGAAGUUUUUACGCUUUCUGUACCAUCACUUUCAGAAUCGGUGGAUUCGACUUUUUCAUCCAAAGACCAAGAUUCUGGUGGAACUGGGACAGAAAGUUAAUCACUAUGGUUAACGGGCCGCAAAGCUGAUGGUAAAUUAUAAUACUUAACAGUACGUUUCGAAUCUGGUAGAAUAGCUUUAAUAUUUGUGAGGAAAAAAGAGCAAUCAUUAGUAUGGUCUCUCGGUUCUCUCUAAACCAUUGGUACCGCAAAGGGCAUUUUACGAUUGUCGCCUCUUAACCAACCUGUUUUGGUCGCCAUUUAAUUCCAUAAUAAAGUUCGUAUGCUUUCAACACAAGGAGAGUAAAAGUACGUUUUUGGGAUUUAAAAGUUAGCUCUUCGCACACAUUAAAACUUUUCGCACUAUUUACACAAUUUCUAUACAUGGUCCAUAAAAAGCUAGUCUCGAUCACAAUAAACUAAAAACCACACCGUUUUAACAAAAAUUAACAGUACUCAGAACAUCUCAGUACUCUUUAACACAGAAAGCUUAACUGACUCGGCUGCUAUUAGUCUACUAAUAAACACAAUAUGCUCUCUAAACAUAGAGCUCGUAUAUAAUAAACAGGAAUAGACAGGUCUCAACAUUAUAUAUGUGCGUCAUCGCAUAAAUGCCGAGAAAUGCAGCAAUAUGAGAUUUUACGUAUUGUAAUUCAUAAAAGUAGAUGUUACCGAUUCGAUUUAAGGGUCUCAAAAUACAAACAUACACCCAAAAAUUGUCAUUUCACAAAACCUGUGUUUAUCAGUGUAACAGGAGUAAAUGAGAUUUACAUAUCGGCUGGAGCCUAAUUGGUACUCUUGACAUUGUACGCCUAUACCGAUAGAAAAAUAUAAUGAACCUUCUGAGACGAAACAUUAGAAAUUUGACCGACUAUCCUACGUUUGAAAUGCUGCCUUAUAGGAGUGGAGGAAUUGAUGAUUAUUUUGUAUGGCUACGAGUUCGGAUUCAGUGAUUUUGUUGUAGAAACUGCACUGAAACUACAUUCAGCGGUAAUGUUUCAGUGGAGUGAACGUAAAAUCCUUUCCAUGUAAGAUACUAGUGUGAGAAGACAAAGUGUACCGUCGUUAAAUUGUACAGUAAUGAAUUAUAGUGAUUUUUGAUCAAUUGUAUGUGCAGUACUUAUUGGACUGUUCGAAUUAUAAACAAGCUUCUAUGUUUUUUAUAACCACGGUUUCGUUAAUUUUCAUAUUAUCGAAAUUCUGAUACAUUUUUUACAAAAAAGUAAUUUUGUGAUGGUAACUUAGCUUCAAAGUGUUAUCGUACGGCAUAUACAAAUAUGCUACAACAUUCAAUAAAUUAUUCACAAUUUGUCAGUACAAUUUGUCUUGAAGAAACCUCUAGCUGUUUUCCUUGCAC